GCACGGAGACGGUGGAAGAAGGUGAAGCUGAGGAGAAAAGGCAAAAGGAAAAGCGUUAAAGACUUCACGCCGCUGGACCAGGUGAGCGUGAACGCUGUCAUCAAGUUCCAGAGCAUGUGGCGGGGUCACGCAGACCGUAAGCAGAUUCACAGCAUGCGGCAGAAGAUGGACAUAUCGCUGGGCAUGCUCAUGCCACCGCCCACCAUGAACAUUAAGGGUUCCUCAUGCGACCGUCCAAUUUCAUCGACACCACCCUGGUGGACUGCGCUAACGAGUACGGCACCUACUGGUGGAACAAGGACGAGUCGGAGAACCGCAGACAGACCUACGACAAGAACCUCAUGCUGGAGGACGUGAGAGCCAACGUGGAGACGGUCGUCAGGGCGCAGGUAGACGAAGUGAUGAGGCAGGAACUGGAUCGGUUGCGAUAUGCAGUUGACCAACAGGUGGCCGGCAAGCCAAAGAAGCCGAAAGAGAAGAAAAAGAAAAAGGACAAAAAGAAAAAGAAAAAGAAAAAGAAGAUGAAAGAUCUGACUCCUGGUGUGCCGAUAGAAGAACUGUUCAAAGAGCUAGUCUUAGAGGGGAUCAUCAAGAAGGUCUUCGACUUCGGCAUCCUGCCCAUGAGCUCCAGCUCUGUCCACCUUCUGGCGCCGUUCUAUAAGUCGCUCAUCCUCGUGGGCCCGCACGGCUCCGGCAAACGCAUGCUCGUGGACGCACUGUGCUACGAGCUGGGCGCCACCUUCUUCGACCUCAGCCCGGACAACCUGCAGGACAAGUACGAGGGAAAGCAGGGGCAGCAGAUGCUCAUGCACCUGGUCAUGAAGGCACGUCGAAAUACCCGUUCAAAGCGUCCAUGGCACCCAUGAUGAAGCUGUACCAGCGCCUCAUCUUCAUCUUCCCGCCCACGCAUAGCUCCCGGUACCAGCUGUGGGAGCGGCUCAUCAAGGCUUAUCGCGGAGUCCUGGACGACAAGUUUGACCUCAGCAGUCUCACCAAGGUGUCUCAAGGGUUCACGGCCGGGGAUAUCCUCAACGCCGUGCGCGAAGUGCUCACGGAAAAGCGGCUGAGACGACAAGCCCUGCACCCGCUCCGGAGCACCGAGUUCCUCAACAGGAUCGCCACCUUUGACCCCGUGUUCAUCUCCGAGCUCGAGGAGUUCCGCUUGUGGCUGGUGAAGACGCCGCUGGCAAAGAAAAGAUCGGGUCUGCUGGCGAUGGAGGGGGAGGGCCAGGACAUCAUAGGGCUACUCUAGAUUAGAUCUGUGACAACAUGGGCAAGCCCAGAGAGCAAAUUAAUCUUUCUUUUCAGGAAAGAGAAGAAAACAUACAGUCGAACCUAUCAAAGAUGGCCAUCCAUUGUUGAUGAAAAAAAGUGGCCGUUUUACGCAGUGUCAUAAUAAUGUUUUUUUUUG